AGCUUGUUAAAAAAAAGAAGAAAGCUAGAUACGAAUCAUACGAUACGAAGCAAACCCUAAUGGAUACUUUUGAAAUCGCAUUCUAGGGCUUAUGGUGUUUGUAUAGAUUGAAUUGCUGCAAAGGGCAACCGCACUACGGAGGGCUUCAACUCUGAGCUAUCAAUUUUGCUGCGGACUGAUUUCAAUUUGUAAGUUGCGUCGUCGAUUGAGUUUACGCGUUUUAGUGGCGGUUCUUCUUUUCAAAAAAAUGAUUUCAAUUCUGCGCAGAAAUAUUACCUGCUUGUUCACGAAUUAUGCUUCGACCCACAGUAUAUAUCGCGCUGUUUAUCUCCGCCUUUUCUCUACUUCGAAUGAAGAAGAGUACGCUAGUUCUGCUGCAAUUUUUGAUUUAUUGCGGCACAAGCACCAACUUUCGGCCGAAGUGGCCACUAAAGCUGCCUCUGUUUUGAAUCGAGUGAAAGAUCUGGAUCAGUGCGAUUCGAUACUGUCAUUUCUGACAAAGAGUGGAUUUUCAAAUGCUCAAGUGGAGAAAAUUGUCGAGUCCAGGGCUGUGUUGCUCUUUGCUAGCCUUGAGGAUUCAGUUAAACCCAAAAUUAGGGUUUUCCAGGGCAUGGGGUUUUGUUCUGAGGAUAUUGCCAGGAUAAUCUCAACCAAUCCUAAGCUUUUGCAUUCAAAUUUGAAUAGUAGAGUAGUUCCUUUGUUAUCGAUGGUAAAGAGCUUAGUAACAGACGAAGAUGCUAUUGCCAAGUUUGGGAGGAGAUCUGGGUGGUCAUUAACCUGUGACUUGAAAAGGUCUAUACUUCCCAAUAUUGAGAUCUUGAAGAGCUGCGGUGUACCUAUGGAACGCAUCAUUAAACUCAUGUAUACAUAUCCAAGAUGUAUGAUGUUGAAGCCAGAAAGGUUUAGGAUGUCUGUCGAAAGGGCUGAGGAAAUGGGGGCUAAUAGAAACUCCAAAAUGUUCAUUUAUGCUCUUCGAGUGGUAUCUCAAAUGUCUGCAAAGACUUUGGAGCUCAAAUUGCAGGGUUUACGGGAUUGUGGAUUUACAGAAAGUGAAAUAACAGCAAUAUUUCAGAAGGCACCAUCUGUGUUUUGUUUAUCCGUGGAUGGGGUGAAGAGAACCAAAGAUUUUGUUCUUUCUAAUGGAAAGUAUGAUACGAGAUGCAUUGUUAAUAGCCCGACAAUACUGACGGGCAACCUAGAGAAAAGGUUUAAACCACGGUUUCAGAUUUUAGAAAAAUUGGAAGCUAAGAAACUGAUUAAAAGGUGGCCCUCUUUGUCUACACUCCACCAGCUUCCGGAUGAAAAGUUUUACGAGACUUUUGUUGGCCCUUAUCUAAGUGAACUCAACAAUGGAAAGAGUUCCAUUGACGUCAACAAAGACAAUGAAGUUAAAGCAAUUGGAUAGAGAAAUCGAUUUUACUUUCAAGUGAUUUGGGGCUAUUUUGAUGGCUUGCACCUGUUGAAGCUAGAAGGUCAGUUUUCAGUGUUUACUUUAUUUAGUGUUAUUUGUAUAUGUUAAUUCCUUUAAACAUGAUUUUAGUUUCAUAUAAAUUCUGAUGUCCCUUGAAUACUAUUCUUUUUUACCAAUCUUUCUUUAGGAUAAUCUGUCAUGUGACUGCAAUAAAUUUUGUGAUUAUCGUUUUGUUUCA